AGGUAACUGCAACUGCUAAUAAAUUGUUUUGAAUGCCGGACUCCAUGGCCGGAUAAUCGGUGUUUGUACUUGGUGUCUUUAUUAUUAAUAAAAAGUUUAUUUAUAAUAUAGUUAUUGCAAUAAUCUUUUAAAAUAUGGCUCAAUUUGAUGGUCAUGCUGCGAAAAGACAAAGAACGGACAAUGAUGCUAAAAGGGAGUCUUUUGGCAAUAGCGGUGGAAAUUAUUUCAACAAUAGCUACAAUAAUAGAGGUGCUGCUGGUGGAAGACGUGAAGGUUUCGAGGAAAAACCCAACCACAUUUUGUUAAUAACUGUGAUGAAUCCAGCUUAUCCUAUUACAACUGAUGUUAUUCAUACUAUCUGUAGUCCAAGUGGAAAGGUUUUGAGAAUUGUAAUAUUUAAAAAGAAUGGUGUUCAAGCAAUGGUGGAGUUUGACAGUUUGGAAGCUGCAGAACGAGCAAAGCAGUCACUUAAUGGAUGUGAUAUUUACUCUGGUUGUUGCACCUUGAAGAUCGAGUUUGCUAAGCCUACUCGCCUAAAUGUUUACAAGAAUGACAAUGAAAGCUGGGAUUACACAAAUAAUGCUCUAGGAAAGCAACCUGGAAAUGACAGGCCUGCAUUACUUCAAGAACCUCCACGUGGUUAUGGACCCCCUGGCAAUGGACCUCCCCCUCCUUAUGAUGGCAGACCUGGAGGACCUGGUUAUGAUGCUGGAUAUGACGACGGAUACAUGCCCCGUGGUGGCCCUCGACAAGAUCCUUAUGGACCACCUGCUAGAGAUCCAUAUGGAGGCCCUGCUCCUCCAGAUAGGUUUGGGCGUGAUCCUUAUCGAGCUGAUGGACCUCCAGCUAAUCCUCGUGGGCCAGGUUAUGGACCUGGUGGUCCCCCACCCCCUCCUCAGGGUGGUCCUCAAGGUGGCUGUGUUAUAAUGGCAUAUGGACUCAAUGCCGAGAAAAUGAAUUGCGAUAAAUUAUUUAACAUAUUGUGCUUAUAUGGCAAUGUUGUUCGUAUCAAAUUCUUAAAAAGCAAAGAAGGAUGUGCGAUGAUUCAAAUGGGAGAUAUCACCGCCGUGGAACGAGCAGUUAACAAUCUGAAUGGAUCUUAUUUCUACGAAUGCAAGCUGCAACUUGGAUAUUCUAAACAGGCUUUCUUAAAUGAUGUCCAGCAACCUUUCUCAUUGCCUGAUAAUACACCAUCUUUCAAAGAUUACAUGGGUAGCCGCAACAAUAGAUUCAGCAACCCAGAAGCGGCAAGCAAGAAUAGGAUUACACCCCCAUCAAAGAUGCUUCAUUUCUUUAAUGCACCAUUUGGUAUUUCUGAAGAUGAAAUGAAAAAGGUUUUCGAAGAAAAGGAAGCUAUACCUCCUGUGUCUGUAAAGCUCUUCCAGUCUAAAAAUAACUCUGAAAGGAGCUCUUCUGGAUUGUUAGAGUUUGAGAAUGUAGAGCAAGCUCUUGAAGGUUUAGCUCAAUGUAACCAUACCUCCAUUAAAAACCCCGUUCCUGGAAAGUUCCCAUAUAUGCUUAAGUUGUGUUUCUCAUCUACUGGUGGAGGCGGACCCAGAGGUGGUCCUCAUAGAGGAGGGCCUCCUGGAUAUUGAAAAUCUUAAAAAAAAAUCAAUGCAGCAUGCUCAGAAAAAAGAUGGACGUUAUGAUUUGUGUGGGUAUUGUAUUGCCCCUUCCACGAAUUUACCUAGACAGACCAAGCUGUAAUCAGUGAAAUUGUUUCAUUUUCAUCCUCUUAUAUGCAUUGUAGCAUCUUCAUUAGUUUUAUGUGAGUUUAUUUAAUAAAAAUUACAAAAUA